AUGGAAUUUCGGUUUGAAAAUGUGAAGCCUGCUCGUACGCCCGCAGUAGCAUACCCCAAAGAAAUUACUUGCUACAGUGUCGACGGGAACAGAGAUAUCUUGUAUAAUGAUUCCAAUUUACGUUUCUAUUAUCCUCCGCCAUUGGGAACUGAUUUGAAUAUUGGGUUUCCUAAACGAUACACGAAACCGCUAAACCAGCCGGACAGUAUAUCUAUCGUUGAAAAUGCGCUUCUUAAUAAUUGCAAAGAUGUUAUAAGUUCUGCUGAAAUUGUAAGUUGGAGGGGCCUUCUCACCAAACUCUUAUGUGCGCCAGUGGAUUACAAAUCUUCUUGGGACAUUCUUGUGUACAAAAAGGAAUCGACACUGUUCUUUGAAGAACCCCCAAGAGCUCCGGAGAAACCGUAUGCAAAUCAAGAACGAAUGUGUUUUUGGGGGUACAAAUUUGAAACUGUCUCAACUCUUCCCAAAAUUUGGGACGAAUGUUCACGGUCUUCCAUUGAGCAACGUGAUUACGACCAUGUGAACCCAAAUGAGCAAUACUGCUCUAUUGUCAAGACCAGCAUUGGUUCCCACAGCAUGAUAUUGGGCGGGGAAGUAGACUGUGUCUGGGACAUAAAACCAGACUAUGAGGAAGAUAACCCUUGCACUCAUUAUGUUGAGCUGAAAGUAACGAAAAAGCUUCCGCUAAACCAUGUUGGAAUGCGCAGAAAACUUAUUAAGUAUUGGGCACAAAGCUUUUUGCUCGGUAUACCCCGAAUUGUCGUUGGGUUCCGUGACGAUAACGGUGUAAUUGUCGAAAUUAAAGAAAUGAGCACAACAGAGAUUCCGAAGCUGCUGAAACCAGCGGUUUCGCGGAAUGAGUGGACUCCAUCUCGUCUCUUGGUGCAUUUGGAGCAGCUGCUCACAUGGCUGAAAUCAAUCGUGCAAAAUGAUUCACAUACAUCAUGGAAACUGUCGUACCGUGGUCAAGGCUCCAUAACGUUGCAGAAAACAUCUUCAUCUCCCUAA